GGUAUACGCCCUUAUUUUACAUUACACUAUCGAAUACCUAUAGGUAAUUAUGCAGAAAUUUAUAUAUUCAUUCAUUUUCGUACCAGCAAUGAGCUCAAAAACUGUGCAUUUUACACAGAAUUAUUUCAAUGUAGAUACUUACAAUUUGUAACUAAUUGAUAUUAUAUUUAAUUGAUGAUUUUUGUCAUUUAAGUGUCUGUUAUGUAACUAGUUAACUUGGAUUGGAUAGAGUGCAGUCCAAAAGUAACCUCCACAUUGUUUAUUCGACUGCUGUUAGUGUGUUUGAACAUUGAAGAGACAGCAGUGCAGUUGGUCUGAACAAUUCUCAAUAAUAUAAACAGUAAACUGUAUUCCAGAAAACAUCAGCUCAAGUAAUCGUAAUGAAUGUACUUGUUCAUCUACGAACAAAAUUUUCAAACCUUCUUAAAAAACCUUUCUUAAAUUCUUACCUUCUUUAAAUUAUCGAGUUUAUCGUGAGAUAAAAAAAUAAAAUUAUUAGGAAAUAAUAUAAUUUUACUGGGCCGUUUGUCGUUUAAAUAAUAUACUAACGUUACUACAGAUUUUAAUACACUCACAUAUCACAAUGAAUAAUAGUUUCCCGGAAAUAUUUAAAAUAAUAGACAUUGACCACAGUGGUCAAAAGAAAAAAUUUGUCUUCCAAGAAAUACCAGAACAUUAUUAUGAUGAAAUUAUUAAUAAACUCAUAUAUGAAUAUUGGUCAGAUGAAAUUACAUAUCGUAGUCUUAACGUAUUAAAUGACCCAGUUUCUGCAUUAGAUAUUAAAAAUACGUUUAAAAAAUAUUUAGCCCAUAAAAUGUCAAUUGGUGUAUUUGAAUGUAAAGAAAACGAUGAGAAUAAAUUAGUAGGCCUUAAUAUUUUAUUUCGUGAGAAUAUAAAUUCAUUAAAUAUUUCUAAUUUAAAUUCAAAUUAUUACGAACGAAUAUUUUAUUUCAUAAAUACCUUUAAAAAAAGUUAUGUUGAACAAUUAAUUGGCAAUGAAGAUUAUCUUACAUCAGAAAUGUUAUUUGUUUGUAAAGAUUACCGCAAACUUGGCUUAGCUCGACAGCUGUUGGGAUUGAGAAAUUAUGUCGGAAAAAAACAUAAUUUUAAAUAUACAAUCAGUAAUUUUAGUAGUCCCAUUGCUGAAAAAUUAGCUGAAAAUGAGGGUUUUAAAAAAAAGAGUAUAUUUAAUUAUAAUGAUGUGCCUAUGGUUGAUAAUGAUAAAAAUUGUUCAUUUAAGGAUAAAAGUUUUUCGUGUAUGAUUAAAUAUAUUUUAUAAUAUAUCUAAGAUCUAAAAUGUUAUAAUUAAAAAUAUAAAAUAUUUCAAAGAUAUAUUUAGAUCAUAAAUCUAUAUUCUAGUAUAUUAAUAUUUAGAAAUGGUGAAAAUUUAUUAAGAAUAUAACGCAUACGAUUACAAUUAUUAUAAUAUAUUAAUA